CCAGACUCUGGCAUCUUCAGCUGUGCCGUUCCAGCGGGGCUCAGCCUCUAAACAACACUGAUACCCGGUUCAGAUGGAAAACAGAGCAAGCUGCACCAAUAAGAGUGAAAGAUGCAGAUAUGAGCCCAGAGGAGGAGCCAGAGUACCGGACACCGCCCACCUGCGAUCUGCUCAGCCUUCUGCUGACGAACAGACACCCCACUGGAGCUGUCAACGAGGUUUGGCCCAACCUCUACGUUGGCGACGCGGCUACAGCUCAGGAUAAAACCCUGUUAGUGAAUCUGGGAAUAACACAUGUAGUGAACGCUGCAGAUGGCCCCCAGCACAUCAACACCGGGCCGUGUUUCUACAAAGACACCGACAUACUGUAUCACGGAGUAGAAGCUCCAGACUGUAAGGAUUUUGACUUGAGCCCAUUUUUCACUGAGACAGCAGAUUUCAUUUACGGUGCUCUGAGUCAGAAAGGUAAGGUGCUUGUCCACUGUGCAAGAGGAAUCAGCCGCUCAGCGACUCUUGCAUUGGCCUUUCUCAUGAUCAAAGAGAGACUUACCCUGGUGGAGGCAGUUGAGGCUGUUUGCAGGCACAGGAACAUUCUGCCAAAUGUUGGAUUUCUGAACCAACUCCGUCACCUGGACUCAUCCUUGUCCCUGCAGAGGAGGACAACAUAACAUCAAGAAGUGAAGAUAAGAGCCAUGGGAGAGACUUUCCUCCAGUGUGAAUGCUCAAAUGUUAAAGGACAGUGGCAGAGAGUCUCCGUUUUUGGAUGUUUGGAUUUUUUAUUUUUAAAGAGCUUCUUAAGUAGAGCGAAAACUUAAGACUUGGACUCAAAUCAGACUUACAAACAAAAAUGAGGAUUUGAGACUUGCUUUGAUAGAAAUGAGACUGGACUUGGACUUGUCUUGACCUACCUAGGACUUUAUCUUUGUAUCAAACUUGUCUCUAAUUUUGUGGGACUUGAGUGGGACCUGACGUCAGAUUUGGUGUGAAAUCGUCCUUAAUGACUUGUGUCUUGAUUUUGGAUUUGUCAUGAUACAGAAACAAAAAAGAGCUCUGCAGACUGAAUUGGUUUUCAUAUAUAAUUAUGAAUGAAAUCUAAAAAAAGUGUACAUCAUGCAUUUGAAAACUCAAAUAAUCUAUGAAUGAUUUGUAGUUAAGGAGCUGAAACAUACAAAAACACUGGAAUGAUCCUUUAAGUUUAUGUCUAACACACACAGCACGAUCAAUAUUACAGAGACCAUUAAAACAAAUCUAGCACAGCUGCCAAAAACCCCUGCUGUACUUGAACAGCACAAAGACAGUGUUUGCCUAUAAAUAAACAAUGCUCCACUUAUUUAUUCACAUUUCUCCAAAUACUGUGUCUUAACUGCUGCAAUCCAGCGUCGUACAGUUAAAACUGUGAUGUCUAAAGAGGCUUGAUACAAGAUGACAAAAA